AUGCAAAAAGAUCAAUAUCAUCACUAUAUUCCUAGAUUCAUUCUUCGAAAUUUUGCUAUUAAUAGUCAUGAAAGGAUAUUUGAGAGCAAUGGAACAUUAUCCAAAAAACAAAAAAAGAUAUUUAAGAAAAAGAAUAAGGAUAAUGCACUUCUUCAAGUUUAUAAUAGAAAUAACAAUCAAUUUGACAUCUCUCCAGUUUCAAAAACUUAUGGAAUCACGAAUAUGUAUGAAGAUUUCAAUCAUGAAAAUGUGAUGCAAGUAGAAAAGAAACUUUGUAAACUAGAGACGCAAGCAUCAGAUGUAAUUCAUAAUAUUGUUAAUGCUUCUCAAAAAGAAAAUCAGGUAAUUUUAUCUAGUACAAGUCUCGAUAAUCUACGAAAAUUUCUUUUUAUUAUGAACUAUCGAAAACCUCAUCGAUGGUCUCAAUUUAUCAAUGAAGAUUUUGAUAUCUAUACAUUGCUAUCACUUAAAAAAUUUAUGCAAGAUAAUAAUAUACAAUAUCCUCGAGAAGUUUGGUUACAAAAUAUACGUGAAAUAAUAGAUACUACAAAUAAGGAUAUCAAAAACAAUUUACGAAUAUUUGGGCCUGAUAGACAUGAUUACAUGGAUUUCAUGAUUGAUCGUUUUCUCGUAAUUUGGCAAGCAGGAGAAAAUGAUGAGUUUAUUACAACUAGUAAUGGAUUUGGAAUCUACGACGGACGGGAUGUACCAUUUUCUAAAGGUCAUGUUGCCAACCGCUACUAUUAUGUUAUUUCUCCAAAACUAGUAUUGGUUCUUUGCACAACUCUUUUACGAGAAGAAUUUAGAGAGCAUAUGCCUCAUUCUAAUUUCUUUAAAGAUGUUCCUCAUCCAGGAAUACCAAAAUGUGUUAAAAUAGAUAACGAACAUGAUUGCAACAAUAAUGGAAAUCCACCCACAUUCAUUGAUUCAUUUCUAAGUUCUCUAGGUUUCAAAAUCGAGGAGUGUGACAAACUUAUUUUUCCUUUAGUUAAAGUUAAUUCAGCUACUGUUCACUUAAUGAAUACUAUCAUACUUAAUGAGACUAAAUCAGAUGAAGUUUUCUCCUUCCUUUCUCAUUCGAAUCUAUAUAAAUCAAUUGUUAAAUAUCAUAAUAGCAAGGAUCUCGAUAUAAUAAAGCAAGAUCAUACAAGUUUGAAAAAGAAAUUAUUCAUUGUUUUAAACAGAACUCACAAAGAAAACUUAAGUCUCCGGAAAAUUCUUUCUACUAAUUAUAAAUCCAAGUGGAAAGAAUGUAAAUUACAAAAUUCCAAUCCUGAAGGGAGUGAACAAUUACAAAAUAAUUCUACAGAAAUACUUCAGAAAUCUGAUCCUGAUCCUAAUCUUGAGGUGCGAGACAAACUACGAGAUAAUCUCACCGAGAAAGUUCAGAAUUCCAACCCUAAGGAGCAAGACCAACUACGAGAUGAGCUUACUAAUAUAUUUCAGAAUUCUGACUCUGAAGAGCGAGACCAACUACAGGAUAAUCUCGCCUAUCAGGACUUAAAACUGUUGAUGGAUGGAAUUCACAAAUUACGAAUGGCCUCAUCUAAUCCAGCGAUCAAUCGUUGGGCUAUUCAGGAAGAUAUAGCGCAAAAAAAGGGAUUAGAACUUAAUCAUAAAAUAAAUAACAAAGAAUGGCCUAACCCAUACAAGCAGUGUCUGUACAAAGGACCGUUUGACAAAGCUAAAAUACCGGCUGCCAAUUGUAGAUGCAAUUCAUGCGUAAUCUAUCGUAAAUUCAACGCCCAAAUUAAUGAAAGUUGGUUGUUUAACCAACACCCAAUUAAAGAGCGACAGAAACUGUAUAAAGUUCCCAAAACUUUGGAACCGAAUAAGAAUUUUCUAAUUGAAAUGUAUUUUCUUAAAGACUUAGCAUCAGGCUAUGAGCCUAGUUGCAUGCCAUUAUGCAUUCAAAAACCCAACACUCGUUAUUCACUCAUGUUUUUCUGGCCUAAGGACACUAGUAGCAACUUCUCGAUGGGUAACUGUGCUUCAAUUUUUAAUUUGUUGCAUAGAAAUUGGAUGAUCACUGAACAUUUCAUAAAGGCCAAAGACCUUUUUGCCCGGUAUCCUUUAUCAGACUCUGAAAAGAUUCGUAUUUCAUAUAAAUUACUUUACGAAAAGUAUUUACACGUCUAUGCCUUAGGUUUUCAUGAAAGUUUCGGAGAUCCCGCAAAACAUGAGUUCACAACUACUUUGUCUGACUUUAAAAGACGUUUUUGGAAUAGUGAUUUGAUUUUCUCUUGA